AUGACCACCAGCGUGACUACGGCCAGAAAUGGUCUGCACCAAAAUCAUGCAUCUUUCCUCGAGCGCUUCAAUGCCCGACAAGCACAAAAUCGAGCCGCAAAGCAGAAACCCACGCUCUCGGUGGAAGAGCAUGCUGCUCACCGCGCGCAGCUCGGCACCGUGCGCUUCAUCAAGCCCAGAUACUCUGAGCAGACCGAGAUCAACGUCAGCGGCAUCUUUAACAAAUGGAGGCGCUACUGCGUUGACAUGAAGGUCGGCGAAUGGAAGGCGACGCUCGAGAACCUCGACCGCGGGACGACGCAGGACUUCCUCCUCUACAUCUGCGAGCGGUACAAGAUCACAUCAUGGGGCAGCGGACACGAGUACAUUCGCCAGUUCCAACAGCUUUACACGACGGUAAAUGGCCAGUAUAUGGAUCGGAACGACACCAAGGAAGUGUACAAGUAUUAUCGCAGCGUCCUUGUCCCACGAUUCGGACACCGCCCGCCAAACAUCGAUGGCAAGCCGGUACUCAACGCCGAUAACCUACGAAUCAUCCUGACGUUAAACAUCGCAUACGAUACGACCAUCUUCCCAGGCGAACGGCACCGCAUCAACCUUGCUGGCUGCUACCAACUUCUGUGCUAUACGGGCGCACGGCCGGCCGAGCUAGUAGAUGCUGAGCGUCAGAAGCCAAAAGACGGUUCCAUCCAAGAACUUUUUGGUCAGAAUGCAGUCCAGUUGUCUUCGUCAGCGAGCAGUGAAGAGCAGGAAACCCCUGCGGAUGAACAGUCCAAGGUUCUCAAUGGCCUUCUCUGUCAAGAGACGGUGGGACGCGGGCGCCCCAAGGCCCUCUGCUACGAGGAUAUCCAGAUGAUGAUCGUCCGACACCUGGCCACUGGACGAUGCAUGCCAGCCAUGGCCAUCAAGUUCGUUCAUCAUAAAGGCGCUGACAACAAGCCCAAGCCUACCAUCUUCUACUUCACACCCACGAGAAAGCUGCUCUUCUGUGCUGUUUCCACGAUUCUUGCUCUCGUUCUCCACGACAAUGCAUUCGAUGCUCCGAGCUUGACAGAUGCAGCCGUUAUAUUCGGAUCGCAGCCACCGCGCUUCAAGCACUGUAUCCCGCUCCGAUGGAAGAAGUCUAUGUUAAAGACUCCAAUCUUUCGCCGAUAUCGUGGCACGGAGCUCUCUGCUGAUGAGGCCAUGCUGUACUCCAAGCUCAGAGACGACAUAGGUCAACAGAGUCUUGACUCGGGACAUGAAAGGAAAUGGACACCUAGGUUCGCUAGGCGAGGCGCUGGCAACGCGGCUAACGGGGACGCACCCGACUCCGUUCGCGAUCAGAUGAUGCGCCAAGAUCCCCGAUUUAUGACCUUUCAAAGCGCGUACCUCAACGAGAUUGCGAAUUUCGACCUCCAGAACGCGUUCCUAGAAGAAGAAAAGGAGAGCCAGCUGUUCCGCUUGUUCGCACACGUCAGCCUUACGCGUGAUCCUCGAGAUACAGCUGAUAUGGUGCCUGAUGAGGUUUGGACUAACCUGCCGCCAGACCCGGAAAUUGGCAAGUACCGCAUCGAAGGGCAUGAGAACGAGGAAGAAAUCCGCCGACUUACCAACGAAAUCCGAACGAAGAGAGCCUACCGCGAAAAGCAGGUCAUUAAAGAAUACCGCGAGGAGUACUUUUACCACCGUCCCACUUGGGACAUUGAGCAGCAGGCACGGGGGGAGGAAGAGGAGGAGUACACAGAACCUGUCAUCGAUGUGCAUAUACCAGAACGCGACCGGCUAGCAAAUAUUCUUUGCCAUCAGCAGGAUGGUCUCACAGAGGAUCAGGUUCUCGAACAAAGGAUCGAAGCUAUCCAAUUCAUGGUGUCUCUGUGCGACAAACGCGAGACGGUCAAGCGUCAUCGCGUCCAGCAAAUUGUCAGGGCUCAGGCUCAACCGCACAUCAAAACCGAACCUAGCGAAGCGGGCAGUGAGCCUGAGCCUAGCCUCGAUCAAUUUCCUCUCCUCAUGCAACCCGGACAAUGCCCGGACUGCAUCGGCGAUGAGCGGCUCUCCCUCGAGGAGCGUGCCUUUUCGUAUUGUCGACCGACCGUUAGGAACGACCACUUUGAUGACCAGCACUUGAUAGACCGCGAGAGGGCACUGCAACGUGGUGAGAAGAUGGUGUGUACACACCCUGCUUGUCGCACCCAAAACCGAGGACAGAAUCUCGAAUUCCAUGAUAUGGACCAUUUCAGGGCCCAUGUGCAGACAGUUCAUCGGGUGACGCUGCGAUCAUCGUGCCAAGUGGAGCAAAGGCGAUUGCGCAAGUUGAGGCGUCGAAAGAUGGUUAAAGGAUGA